UUCUUCCUUUACAACAAUAGUGAUAGGAGAGUUGGGACGCUUAAUUCUGAGCAGAAUGGGGUCCAUUUUGAAUUUGCACUCAUUUUACUUUUUUUUAAUACUUGCAUGUAGCUUCUUGGAAAUCUAUGGCAGAGGAGGUUUUGGUGGAGGCAGAGGAGGUUCUGGUGGAGGCAGAGGAGGUUCUAGAGGCGGAUACAGAAGUCGUAGCAGCUCUGGAUCAAGCGCUAGCAGCAGAUAUAAACCAAGCAGUGGUAGUAGUUCUGGAUCAAGUAGCAGCGGUAGUUCCGGAUCAAGUAGUAGCAGUAGUUCCAUAUCAAAAAGCGGUGGUAACUAUGGAUCAAAAAGUGGUGGCACUUCUAAAUCUAGUGCAAACCAAGGAAGCAGUUUCAGAGCUAUCCCAAUUUAUAUCAAUCAUAAUCACAGAAUGAAUGAAGACAUUUUGAACUUAAAUCGGAUCAAUGAUAAUUAUGAUCGUAAAUCCCAAGAACAUCAUGAAAGUAAAAUAGAUGCUAUGGAAACCCGUAGACCAUGGAUAUACCGCUACACAACGUCUCGACCCAGGAAUAUUCUAAAAGCGAAACCUCGAGAUAAUGCGUUGGAAUAUCGAAACUGGAGAAAAUUAAGUGAGCCAUCCGAUCCUUUUCAAGGACGAAUAGAUGAAAUAAACGAAAAUUCCAGAAAAAUGAAAGAAUUGUCAGUCUUUGAUUCAUAUGGAGAUCGUAGAAAUCGCUUUCAGAAACGUCACAUUUGUGAGGGAUCCCAGUGUUUCCAUGAGGGAGGAAGAAAAAUGGGGGAUGAUAUAACCGCUGUCAACCCCAGACAUGCUCAAAAUUCAAAAAGUGAAAGACGAAAAAGAAACGUCUCUUUUUAAAGAUUGCCAAACAGGGUAAAAACGUAAUUUUUAAAAUUCCAUAUUUAUCAACGUAACUAUCAGCAUUGAUAAGAGGAAAAAAAAUGUAAGAUUGUAAGAUGAUUUAAGGAAAAAAAAUAUAUAAACAUGCUUUUGUCUUA